UGUAUUGUGUGUAUAACAAAAUACACAUAACCUUUGAUCAAAUGAUUAUAACAAAUUCUGUAACAAUGAAAGUGUAGUCAUAAAUUGAGCACCGCUUUCAUUGAACAUGAAUCAUAGUAUUAAUCACGUGAUUGACAAUAUGUAUACAUAAUACAUAUUUCUUUUCUUUGUAUAAGUUUAGCAUGCGGUAACAGUGCGUAACAACGAAGUCGUAUCUGUACUCUGUGAUGAUUUUUCUUUUUGUACUUUGUAAAAUUUGAUUGCAGUGACAGUGAUUGAAAAAUAAUGGACACUUCGACGCAUAUAAACGUGAUAAUAAACAGCAACAUCGAUGAUAGUGUUGACAGUUGCGUGAAUGAUGAAAAUGACACGGAAAAGCUACUGAAACCAAGAAAUAAUUUUGCGUCAUAUUCAAACGAUAACAUUAACAUUAGAUUUCGGAAUGUAGCAUCACUGAGUAUUGGGGAAACACUUUCCAGUAAUCCAAGAAGGCUUAAUACAGAAGAAAUUCCUCCCGGUGCUACUAAUUUCCUAUCAACUAAUUACGAGAGUUUAGAUUAUGAUCCCUGUGAGAAUUAUCUCCUUCAAGACGAAGAAAGAAAGAAAGGCUACAAGUUUAUAGUUAAGAAGAACUUUGCCAGAUGGCUUAUUUUCUUAUUGAUAGGUAUCUGCACAGCACUUAUAGCUGGUUUUGUAGAUAUUUCUAUAGAAGAAUUAUCAAACCUAAAGUAUGGUUGUUUAAAAUUGUAUGUAGAUCAAUGUGUAACAACAAACUGUCUAUGGCUGCCAUAUCUACUAUGGUUAGCCUUCAAUUUUGUACCUGUUUUAAUAGGUGCUAUUUUAGUAUCCUAUAUAGAACCUGUUGCAGCAGGUAGUGGUAUUCCACAAGUAAAGUGUUAUUUAAAUGGAGUUAAAAUGCCUCGAGUUGUUCGUAUAAAAACAUUAGUAGUAAAAAUAAUAGGAGUAAUUUGUACAGUAGUUGGAGGCCUUGCUGGUGGAAAAGAAGGACCUAUGAUACAUUCUGGAGCUGUGGUAGCAGCAGGAAUAUCACAAGGCAAAAGUACUACAUUCAGAAAAGAUUUUAAGGUAUUUCAAUAUUUUAGAGAGGACCAUGAAAAACGAGAUUUUGUGUCAGGAGGUGCAGCUUCUGGUGUAUCUGCUGCAUUUGGUGCGCCAAUUGGAGGAGUAUUAUUCAGUAUCGAAGAAGGAACCAGUUUCUUUAAUCAAAGUCUCACAUGGAGAACAUUUUUUGCUAGUAUGAUUACAACAUUUACGCUAAACAUCAUCCUUAGUACGUAUCACGGACGACCUGGUGACCUUUCUUAUCCAGGCUUACUAAACCUUGGAAAAUUUGAGACAAUUCCCUAUCAGAUUUACGAAAUUCCUCUAUUUAUGAUAAUGGGAACAAUUGGUGGAUUUUUGGGCGCUUGUUGGAAUCAUUUAAAUUAUAAAAUCACCUGUUUCCGUUUGAAAUAUGUAAAGCAGAAAUGGUUAAAAGUAAUAGAAGCUCUUGUAGUUGCUGCACUAAGUGCAACACUGGGUUUUAGUAUGAUUUAUUUUCUGAAUGACUGCAAACCAUUAGGGCGAGAUCCCACGAAAUUUCCCAUUCAAAUGUAUUGCAAGGAGGGUGAAUAUAGCGCAGUUGCAGCUUUAUGGUUCCAAACUCCAGAAAGUAGUGUACGAUCUUUGUUUCAUGAUCCUAAAGGUUCCCAUAAUGAUAUUACUUUAGCUAUCUUUGUUGUCCUCUACUUUUUUCUGGCUGUUGCUACCUUUGGUCUGUCCAUGUCUAGCGGACUGUUCAUUCCUUCCCUGCUAAUUGGCUCUGCAUGGGGUAGACUAAUUGGAUCAGGCCUUGCAAAAAUUUUUCCAAAUUGCGUCGUUUUAGAUCCUGGGAAAUAUGCUUUAUUAGGUGCAGCUGCUCAAUUAGGAGGAGUAGUUAGAAUGACAAUAAGUUUAACCGCUAUAUUAAUAGAAGCUACUCAAGGAAUAUCCUUUGGCUUGCCACUUAUAGUAGUCCUUAUUAUGGCUAAAUGGGUUGGAGACUUUUUCAAUGAGGGUAUAUAUGAUAUUCAUACACAAAUGGCUGGAAUUCCCAUAUUACCAUGGGAAGCCCCGCCAUUAUCAAACAAUAUAUACGCCAGUGAAAUAAUGAGCCACCCAAUAGUAACACUAAAAACUGUAGAAAAUGUAGGACAUAUAGUAGAACUUCUUAAAUGUGUAACAUUUAAUGGGUUCCCUGUAGUUGAUCCUCCUAAUAGUGAUGAGACUGAAAUACAUUCGUAUGGACGAUUUCGGGGACUAAUUUUACGUUCCCAACUAAUAGUAUUACUACAAAAUAAAAUUUUUAACAGAAACUUAGAAUAUUGGGAAAAGUCAUUAAGUGUUAAAUUAUUCAGAAAAGAAUAUCCGAGAUAUCCAACAAUUGAUCAAGUGACCAUAAGUGAAGAAGAAAAGACUUAUAUGAUAGAUUUAAGACCUUUUAUGAAUCCUUCUCCUUAUACACUACAGCAUUCUGCGACACUGCCACGAGCAUUUAGGCUCUUUAGAGCUUUAGGUCUUAGACAUUUACCUGUAGUCAAUGAUACAAAUGAGGUAAUUGGGAUUAUUACAAGAAAAGAUGUUGCCAGAUUUAGGAUAUGGGAACAUAGAGGAAGAAUGGGUCUAGAUGAACUUCUAAUUACCAAUAAAAUUUAAUUUUAACUUUCUUGACACAACAUUUAAUAUUUAAUUUAUGGAAAACAGUUUAUAAUGAUAUUAUGUACAAACAUUAUGUUUUUAUAUAAACAUAGAAGAAUUCUUAUAUUUUA